GUUCGUCUUGCCACAAACUACCACGGUGCGAGCAUACACAUACUCACAGCGCCUGUCAAGGUCCAAUUCGCGACCCACGUCGUCUUCUAGCCCUUUCCCCGACAACUAGUGGCGGCAAGUUUUCUACAAGACGCACUGCCAAAAUAUCCACAAUCCACCAUAUCUGUUCUAUCUCUUCACUAUGAACAGUAGCCUCGAUAACGCAAGCAUACAUCACAACGCGUCAACUGCGCCGAUCCACCGCUUACCGGAUGAGCUACUCCAUGCCACCUUCCACAUGCUGGUAUGCGAAGUCUGGAGCACGGCUUCGCCUCAAAAGGUGCUUCCGGGAGGUCACCUCAUUGACAUUAUAUCCCACGUCUGCAGCCGCUGGCGCCAAAUAUCGCUUGCAUCCUCGACGCUCUGGACGUACAUGAUCUUCUCUGGGCGUUCAAGCAUACAGCAAGUCGAAGCCUGCCUAUCACGAUCCAAGCAGGCACCUCUCUGCGUGAAAUACUUUGAAGAGGAUUACGCGAGAGAAGAAGUGGAACAGUACAUCGCCAAGACGUUACUAGCCCACGCGCAUCGUCUAUGCGAGCUCCAUGUAUCCGGUUUCAGCGACUGGGACUUCAGCGACUUCGUCCGCCGACUCUUAUGCAAGCCUGUGCCACUGCUGGAGCGUCUCACGCUCGAAGAUCUACCCUUCACCGGCUACGAUCGCCCUUGCGUCAUCCCCGGACGAAUGUCAUCUCUUCGGCACCUCGUAUUGGUUGGCGCAGAGCAGGACGAAGCGUUUGUCAACGUCAAUCCGUUCCACAGACUGGAUACUUUGGUUCUGAAGACCGUAUACAUCGACGCCACGUUGCGGGAGAUAGUGGAAGCCCUUCGGAACUGUUCGGAUCUACGGUUCCUCUCCCUUGUGAGUCUGACCUUCAACGAAGAGGAUUCAGACGAAGAACAACAACCUCCGGAUACCGUCCAACUCAAGUCUCUAGUACACUUCAGCUUCGGCACAGAAGCAGAUUCGGACGAUUGCGACAUGGUCGACCUCCUGAAAUACAUCUCGUUCCCGUCUACGACAAGUGUAAAUGUCACACUGCGGCAGCGUGACCACUUCCAGGACCUCGGCAAGGUUUCCCCUUCCCUGCGUAGGAUAGCUUCGGCUCAAAGUCAGCUCUCGCUUACCCUGUCGGAUACAGACCGCAAUACUGCCCUCCUGACAUCACCAGACGGCCGUCUUCGCAUGGAGUGGCAGUGGGCGGGCGAAUUCUUCCCCACCGUGACUCUCUGCCCCGUCGCUCUAAAACCCUCAGGCUUGCGGUUCACUUCCCUCCGCUCCCUCACCAUCGUUGCGCACAACCUCACACACAUCGGGAAGGGCCGGCGGCACAGUCGGAUAUGGACCUCGAUCUUCUGGGAUAUCCCGGCAAGCGUCACGACGCUGACACUCGAUCUCUCUACCUCCCUGGCCGAAAAGUGCAUCACGGCGUUUGGCGGCGGUCGCAGGAUAAAGAAACUUUGCGCGAAUAUCAAGCAUCUCAUCGUCCUUCAUGCCGAUGAGAUGGUCGAGAAGCUGUCGGCGCUGGGCCACUGCUGCCGGACGCGCAAGAGGUACGGCGCGCCCCUGCGGGAGGUGGAGAUGAUCAUGCAUGGAGACCCCCUGAAGGAAGUGGAAAUGAUCAUGCAUGGACCCGCCCUGAAGAAAACGCUCGUUCCGGCGUGGAAGUCCAUGAUCGAGGAGGCUGUCGAGAAGGUGCGAUAUACGGACUACGACGCGUGCAAGCACAAGUCUGCGGAUGUGAACCGUACGUUGGCGGCGAUCUAUGCUGAGUUUGGCUUGCCGCCAUGUGCUUAUGAAUCAAAAUAGUCAAGGCGUUGACAUUGCUCGUUGACUCAGGUAUAGCCCUGAGAGCUGUACGCCCCGUAACCCGAGGAACGCUCGGCAAGUUCUCAGCUUCAGACCUCAGACCCAGUGUAUAAUAUCUGUGAUUGCUGUAAAUGCGUUAAUCCGAUCGUACUGUCAGUGUGAUCAAUGCCGCCCUAAUAUCUGAU